GACGUUUUCUUCGCUUGGAUCCAUCAUAAAACGGAAGAAGUGAAAACGGAGCGAACGAUCUUCGGGAACGUCCGAGGUUGAUUAGAAAGUAAUUACAUUUAAUUGCGUCAAUGAUCCAUAAAGUUCGAUAAAAGGUUAAACAUUUGGAGAUCAAAGUGUGACGCGUGGUGUUGCUCAAUAAUUGGUGAUCGAAAAAUCAACUGAAGCCGGACAUUAUCGGGUGAAAUUGCGGAACGAGUUCCGCUCCCACUCGCAAUGAAAAUGACCGCUCCACGACUAGUUGCUCGGGCUAGUCGGAGUAGAUUCUUCAUCGGUCUUGGGUUGCUGGUGUUGAUGGUUGGCUUCGUGGCCAUCUUCCACAGCUCCCAGCAACAGCUGGAUGAGCUGAGACAGCUCGGAAUACGAUGCGAGCAGCAGCAAGAAGCCAUCUCAGCAAAAAUGCAAGUGGUCGUAGAUCAGAAGCUACGGCUGGAAAAUUCGCUGGCAUCGGAGCGGAUGAUAAACGAACAGAAUCGAUUGGAACAACAGCAGAAGACUCAGGAUGAAAAGGAACAACACAGCAAGGCAACGAUGGAAGCCAACAUCCGGUAUGCUUCGCUACAGCAGCACUACAACUUGAUAAAAACGCAGAAAGAGGAUCUGGAAGAGGAAUGUUCCAAAGCGAAGAAGAAACAACUCGAAGAGAUCAACUCGCUCAAGCUGAAGGUGACGGAACUGCAAGGGAAGGUGUCGCUGCAUCAGAAAGCUUCCGCCACGGAUGUGGAGCAUCUGAAGAACCAAAUAGCACAACUCAAGCAGGAAAAGGCUAACAUGGAAAGCACUUUCCGACAGAAGCUGGCAUACAAGGAUAAAACCAUAGACAAAUUGAAGGACCACAAUGAUAAGAUGGAAAAGGAAAAUGCUCAGUACAUCGAGCUAUGCAAAAUCCCACCGGAAAAGAUGCCACAUCACGUCAAAGCCAGCGACAUUUUUGAUCAGCUACCUCCCAGCAUCCCGGACUCGGGCCCGCUGAGAAACUUCGCUGAGCAGAUUUCCGUGAGUCAAGAUUUGUACAAAAUUCCAGUAGUGUUGAGCAACCGUACUAACAACCACAUAGGGUCCCUGCGGGAAGGUUCUCCUAAUAAUAAUGAUCAGGAACUGGAAGGUCGUGGUGUUAUUGCUAAGCCCUUUGAAACUAACAACGAUCAGAUCAAGCCGAAACCGGCCUCUGUGGCAGCGGUGGACGGCGGAGUAAUUAAUUCUGUGGAAAAUUUUCAGAUGAUUCCUAAGCCACUGCCGCUUGUUUCUACCAAUGAAGAGAGCAAAAAGCCUGUCGGUCAAGCCAGUAAUGUGCUUCAGCAACCUCAGCUGAUGAAAACAUCAACAUCUAUUCCACCAUCUUUGAAUAAGAAAACUUCUGAGCGAAACAGCAAUCUACAGGUGCCGAUUCUAGCUGCCCCAACAGUAAUUCCCCCGGGUGGUGCCAAAUCAUCCUCAUCUUCUACCACGAGCACCACGACACCAGCCAAUGGUUCGGUUAAAAAACCGGCUAGCAAACUUCGAUCCAAAACACUUCCAGUCGGUGUCGUUCCAUUUCCCGAAAAUAUGGAAGACUUGAUGAAGGGCGAAGAGAACAACAGCGAAAACGCCGUAAACAAUCGAUACCUCAACGUGGCAUCGCAUCAGAACGCCAAUGCCGCGAACGGCGGCGAUAAGCGAGCACGCAGCGACAAAGAUCUGAAUUUCAACAAUGCCGAUCUGGACAAUGGAGCGCACGAAGUUCUGAACGACAAUGAUUUCAAUCUUGGCGGCGGCGCCAACAACAAUCAGCUGCAGCAACCAAACCUCAAGGAUCAGAACCAGAAUGGUGAAAAUGCUGCCGAGGAGGACACCAAUCUGUACGAUCAGAGGAUAUUCGGGAAUCCGCACGUACAGCAGCAGCAACAGCAUGGUGACUACAACGAACUGCACCACCAUUUGGGAGGGGAGCAGCAACGGAAUGGUGUAGGGGCCGGUAAGAACGGUAUCGGUGAAAAGCUGAUCAAUGAAAUAGUGCGGGACCAUGGCAAGGAGGGGGAUAACUACCCGAACGAAAUGGAAGAGGAUCUGCACCUGGACGGGCUGCCGGAAGCCGAGGACGAAGGAGACGAUGGAGAAUAUGACGAUCCUAAUGCAUUGAAGCAAGGUCACGCAGAGCGCAACUGAACCAUCGUUAGUAACGUCAUUUCAUUGCGUUGAGAAAUCAAGGGUUAGGAAUAAUAGAUUUGAAAGAAUGAGAAACAUUAUUUUCUCUUAUUGUGUCGGUACACAUACACUACUUUGCUCGAUCGAGGUACGAAGUCGUCAGCACUGUGGUACAUAUGUACAUUCAGGAUAUGUUCAAUAGGUUAGUUAAAGGACUUGUUUUUCCCAUUCCGUUUCGAUGAGAAUUAUUACGCGAGUACGUGGCGAUACCAUUUCCUAAGGCCAGGCAGUGUACAUGUAGAUUCAUAGGGAAAUGACAUACCUAUCUAAUAUAAGGCAAUCAGCACUGUUUUUCGUACAUCUCCAUAGAAUUAACGUGCAUAUAAACCGUAAUGUGAUUGAAUUCUUGUGGCAAUGAAAAAAUGAUUACAUCUUCCGUACUUGUUAAAUUAUAGCAAAUUCCUUUGUUUUGUCCUGCUGCAGUAGUUUCUUUUUAAUAUAGUUUAAGCCGGAUGCGUUGAGUUCAUAACCAUAAUAUAAAUAAUCCCUAUAUUGUUCUGAUAUGAAACCACGAAACAUACGUCCAUAAUGUAGAUCUCUAUUGAUUAAAGAAAACGUGCUCAAACGUGAUUUAAGAUUAUUUAGACUCUAUCUUUUUAAGCUGCUAUCUACUUACGUUAGAAAUUUAUUAAACUCGAAUAUUGUCGAAACGUUGACUGGUGUCCUAAAAUGCUCCUCAUUUGCCAUGCUGUUUAUAAUUUCUUGCCGCUGUGAUCACAACAUUCAAUUUAAUUGCUUGCGGGCAACACUGAGUUCGAGGCAUUUUUUUGUGUUGUUUUGUUUCUUUUCUUUAUAAAUGUAGAAACCAUUUAUUGAGCACAAAAUGUUUUGGUAUCACUUGAUUUCUUGUUAAGUAUCUGAUCAUGUAACAACAAUCACAACAAUCAUCCACCGGAAGUGAGCAGCUCGGUUCGUGUCGGAUUAUUUGGAUAUUGCAUUUAAUAGAAAUUUAGAUCGGCACCAGCUAAUAACAUAGUUGUCAAAAUUAUAUCUCUCAAACGGAAGAGAUUAGCUGAACAUAUUGCAAAUCCGAUGCUGGACACGUUUAUCUAGCGAAAAUCGAUGGUACUGCCUUCCUUUUGGCAAUCAUCACACAAAGAUUUGUCAUGUAGGAAAAUCGAUUCUCGCUGAUCAAUUUUUCCAGCUCACUACUAACUGGAGUAGCAAUACAGCUUUGGGUUUUACUUAUAAGUGUAAAAAUUGCAUUCAUGUGGCAACAUAAGAGAAAACUGAAUGAAUGUUAGGUAUUUCUGCAUUCGCAAUAAACACGUUUAUUUUUAUUAUCGAA